AUGCAUCGCAGACUCGCUCAGAACGUCUCAGCUCCAGUCCGCAGCUCGUCGUCACGCCCCAACUAUCGCUCUCGGCCUUAUCAGUCUUCGUCUUACCGUAGUCAGCAUCAGAUCUCAUCGUCCACCGCUUCAGAAGGCUCUUCCCUCGACGACAACAGUUCUGGCGACGAGGACGAGCGCAGUCGCCUGAUGGGAGACUCCCACGUCGACGAUCAGGAGAAGGACGAAGAUGUGCCACAAAGCAUCCAUAUCAACGUGCCCGAGUUCCCCAUCGCCACAGCGACCUUCAGGAGGCCCAGGUCGAGUUCGAUCAUUGGCUCUAGACAUGGUUCGCAGUCUUUUCCCACCGGUCCUCGAAUGGGACGACGGUUCACUCUGAAUCCAUUGAUCUUUGCAAAGGUAAGUGAGUAAAAAAAACAAUGUCUUCUUUUGGAAUUAACCUUCUGAUUUAGUAAAAAAAAUGUUUUUUGAAUAUUUUCAGCGACAGAAAAUUUAUUGUCUUAGAGAUUUUUUGGUCCCACCACGAAAUUGUUAUAUAAUCCCUUGGCGGGCUUUCAAAUCGAUUUUUAGCUAUUUUUAGAAACGUCGGAUUAUUCUUAGUACGUUAGUAAAGAAAGUGGUGUAUUUUUUGUAAAAGUUUUUAAAAGGGUCAUUUUGAAGUAAAUUGGCUUUGGUUUGUUUGUUGUUGAAGACACAAUAAACAAACCCGGUAAAUAGGACAAUAACUGCCUCCCUAGGUGAUUACUGACGUUUUCUUGCAGGAGGAAAAAGAAGCACGACGACAAUCUCUGGCUCAGCUCAAACUCAGUUAUUACCCGAAAAACAUGAAUCGUACGUUUAUUGACAAUAACAUGACUCUAAAAGCCUAUGACAAUAUUUUAAGGAUUUAAAAUAAGCGUUGUGUUAUGCGUAUUUUUACAUUACUUACAGUUCAAUAAAAGAAUUUUGUAAUAUUGACAUUUUUAUGAAACAAUUUUUAAUAACAUUGCCAACCUUAAUGUAACCAGAAAAGUUUUGUGCACCUUUUCAGCAGAUGCAUACGAUGCCGGUCUCGGCUUCUGUGGCUGGUUCCUGAUGACUCUUUCAUAUUUAUUCUUCUUUGCCACAUUUCCUCUCACAAUAUGCUUUUGUAUCAAAGUAAGUCAUCGUAUUUUAGAGUUUACACAUAAAUUUAGGUAAUACAGGAAUACGAACGUGCUGUUAUAUUCAGACUGGGUAGGCUGAUUGGCGGUGGUGCUAAGGGUCCAGGUGAGUUGAUUAUCGUAUUGCAUGUGACAGUUGGCGAUGCAAAAUAAAAAUAAUUUGCUUUUGAUAGAUCAGGUAUUAAUCUUUACACAUUUUUAGGUAUAAUUUUUGUUUUGCCAUGUAUAGAAAGCUACACGAAAGUUGAUCUUCGAACUGUAUCGUUCAGUGUACCACCACAAGAAGUAAGUCAUGCUUCAUAUGAGAAAACUCUAUUCCCUAUACUUUUUGCAAGAACUUCAAAAUUUGUUAGAUAAACCUUACCAACAUAUAAAGAUCUCAAAAUACAUUUUACUUUCCAGAUCCUAACCCGCGACUCUGUGACUGUAUCAGUAGAUGCCGUAGUGUACUACAGGAUCUGCAAUGCCACAGUGAGUGUAGCAAACGUAGAAAACGCUCAUCAUUCGACACGCUUAUUAGCUCAAACUGCCUUAAGGAAUAUGUUAGGAACGAGGAAUCUGUCAGAGAUUCUGUCAGAUCGCGACUCCAUCGCUGAAGCCAUGCAAGCGCUCCUAGCCGAGACGACCGCUUCAUGGGGAAUCAAGGUGGAACGGGUCGAAAUGUCAGUCUUUUUGAAGUUUUAGGGCAUAGUAGAAGUCAAAUUUGUUGAGUAUGUAGUAUAUUUGUAAAAUACGUAGUUUUCCAUCCAUGGUUUAUAAAAUUGUUUUAGAAAAGACGUCCGUCUGCCAGUCCAGCUUCAACGAGCAAUGGCUGCCGAAGCCGAGGCUACACGAGAAGCCAGAGCUAAAGUAAGGUUUUAAAAAUAUUAGAUUGUUUACAUCAUUUUGUGCUCUUUAAAAAGACAUUUUUGUGGUUAGAGAGCACACAAUUAAUUGAACAACCUUAGAAAUUGUUAUAGAUUUGUUCUACAAAAAUAUUUUUGCAAGCAAAACUACUUUUACUCAUGACAUAGGUUAUUAAUAUACCAAAAGUUUACUUUUUACAUUUACGUUAUGACAUGCGUCAAGAGGUAGUUUAAUACCAAAUGACAUUCUUUAUUGACGCAGUCUGUGAAAGAAUAGUGUUAUUAAUAUUGAGUAGUAACAAGUACUGACCUGUUAGCUUUAUGUAAUAUGUAAUGGGUUACAGUUAAUUUAAUGCAACAAUCUUAUUUUGCGGUCAAAAAGUACGUAGAAUAGAUCUUAAUUUGGCUUUUUUAAUAAUUUUUGAUAUUUUUUGUUUUGGAAAAGUUUUAAAAUAAAUUUUUAUAGGUAAUAGCUGCUGAAGGUGAACAAAAGGCUUCACAAUCGCUGCACGAAGCAGCUACCAUCAUCUCACAAUCUCCAGCUGCCUUACAGUUACGGUAUCUUCAGACCUUGAACAGUGUUGCGUAAGUUUUUUUCGAAAUUAUUUUUGAAUCUGAAAUAAUGUGUAAUGUUUGAGUAGCUUUAAUCGCAAUUCUACUUCCUUUUAACUUUAUUUUGAGUUAAAAAGCAAAUUUAAUAUUUAAGAUAUGAUGACAGGUUUCGAGAACGUUGUUUUCAUAAUAACUUAACUUUAAAUAGUCAAAACGACAUCAUAGUGCUUGGUUAGUGAUGUGAAAGACAAAAUUAAAAAAUAUGUUUUACUACCUUUUUUGUGUUCCCAUCCCCCCCCCCUCUUCUUCGAAAAAAGUUCACCCCCUCCCUUUUAUUAAAGUAAUUUCACACCCCCCCCCCGGUCUGAUUAAAGUAAACAUGACAAAUAACAAUGUUACAUUACUGUAUUGCAGUGCCGAAAAGAAUUCGACGAUUGUUUUCCCGUUACCGGUCGAAUUACUGCGACAUUUCAUGGGCGAAACUGUGCGAUGA